UGACGAAAGUUUUUGACAUUUUAACUCGAAAAUUGCAAAAAUUACAGUUUGAUCAAGAAAUCGACGAAAAUUCCUCAUCAUCGUUGUAUGAUUACAUUUUAAAUGAGACCGAAUCGAAAGAUAUCCGACCUAUUGAGGUACCUCAAUCUCAGAUGAUGGAGUUAGAACUGCUGGAUAAGAAGAUUAGACGACUUAAUCUUAAACUCAAAAAGCACAACAUCUACUUGCACAUAUUUGACCAUACCGACAUUCACUAUGGACCUACAUUAGGCAAAGGUGGGGAGGGAAUUGUCCAGAAAUGUACUGUUAGGUAUAAUGAGUUGCUGGUAGAUGCUGCCGUCAAAACUGUCCUGAAUAACACUGACGACGGCCUGGAGAUUACAUUUGAUGAAAUUGAAAUGCUUUGCUUAGCCCACGAUCCGAUAAUGACGACAACGAUAAAAGUUUACGGGGUGGCAGCGGUACCGGACAGAGAGGACCCAACACAUGGCCAUUUGGUCAUUAUCAUGGAGGCAGGAAUCAAGAACGCCCUACAACUCUAUCAAGACGAAACCAUUCCCUUCCACGUUACUCUCGAUCUCUGGCAUAGGCUGGCUGUCUCCCUACACUGCAUACACAAGAAGAAUAUUAUCCACCAGGAUUUGAAACCUGAGAAUGUCCUCAUCACCGGGUUAUUCCGUGAUCAUUAUGGUAUUUUGGAGCGUCUGGAGGCCAAAGUUAUCGACCUUGGCAUGGCGAGAUUAGUUGAAGGCGGCAAGGUAGUCACAGAAGAUGUCCUUGGUACCACUGGGUACCAUUCUCCCGAGGUUCUCUUCGAUGAAACUUAUGACUUCAAGGCUGACGUGUUCGUUCUUGGGAUAACAUUUUGCGUCAUGCUGCUAAACCAGCUGACACUGAGGACAGCACCUCUGCAGGCAUUCCUGAAGCGUGUGCACGAAGCCAAGGAGAGGGGCUUGGUGGGCCAGAGUUUGUUCUUCUCAGUCAUUCAACCACUCAUUGAUAAGGAUAUCUGCUUGCCUACUGUUAUCAGUGAAAUGAUAUG